AUGGUUGGUUAUGCGGUAGCUGCUCAAUCGAUCGCUUAUCCUAAUGGUUUAUUCACUAAAGAGAACAUGACACUGCACUCUGAGAUUAAGCAUAUGACAUUUGCAGAUAUCAUCUUUUCAAUGUAUACAACCGCGUAUUUUCAAAUGUUUGGUGAUUUCAGUUUGGAUGCAUUACAAGGAGAAGAUCGUACAUGUCAGAAUCAUAUGUGUCCUACAAAAACAUCCCGUUGGCUUGUUCCAAUUAUGCUUGGAUUCUAUGUCUUAUUAACAAAUAUACUGAUGUUCAACUUACUUAUUGCCAUGUUUUCUAAAACGUAUGAAGAAAUUGAAAGUGCAUCAACAUACUAUUGGAAUUAUCAAAGAUAUCAAAUGAUUAAUGAUUAUGUCCACAGAUCACCACUUGCACCGCCUAUAAUUAUUGUAUGGCAUUUUUAUGAAGCUUAUAAAGCUAUUGGUAAUCAAUGUGCAAGUUUACGAAAUGCAGAGACAACUAAAUAUAAUCCAUUCUGUGUACGUUUUACUGAUAUAAAAAAAGAAAGAGAAAUGGUCAAAUGGGAGCAUAUGAAAGCGAUGGACUACUUAAGAGAACCUUCAACAAAAGCUACUGGGAAACGAGGUGUAGCUGAAUCACGAGCUGUAGUAUUUCGUGGUGGUGGUGGUGUUGGUCCUGGUCAGGGACCAGUUAUGGAUUUGAAAAGUGAAAUGUCCAGUGUUACAGAGGGGAUUGGUAUGGAGUUAGAAAAACGUUUCAAAGAAAUAGACAAUCAAUUUCAACGAUUCAAUGAUGUUGACUCACGACUGAAUGAUGUAACCCAAUUACUCACUAAUUUAUCUGAAGUUAUCAGUAAUAUGACAGAAACUCAACAACGAAUUAUUAGACAAAUUAGUGAACUUCCUGCUUGUCAAUGUAAUGAAUUCACUGAUGAAGUUGUUCCAGUACAAAAAUCCUCUACAUCACCAACAGAUUCAUCAGCUGUAGAGACAAGAAAACGUACAAAACUAGAAGUGGCUAUUCAGUCGGCGUUGGAAGCAGCUAAAGAUGUACUGCGGCCACCGACACCACCUCCUCCACCGCCUCCUCCGCCACCUCCACCAAGGGAAUCUCCAGUUCUUUUAGCCGCUGUAGUUCCUGGAUCAGAAGAUGAAUCAAGUGGUUCCGAAGAAGGUGGAGAUCCAUCAGCUGAUCCUAUGUUAGUACCUCAAGUGCCAGAUGCAAAAACUGGUCGAGUGAUAGAACGCGUUUUAGGCGAUCAUCGUCUAUGGAGAAUGGCUCCGUUCAAUUUUGAAAAAUAUCCUGGAAUGAGAAUGAAUGUACCUCCGGAGAGAAUGGCUUGGACUGCUGAAUAUCCAGAUUAUUUCGCAUAUGAUGCAUGUGAAGAGGUAUUGCUAUUCCCAUCGGAAGAUGCACACGAUGGAGAGAAUGAAAAUCUACGCAGUAUCAAUUUCAAUCAAUACGAUUCUAAGGCUAAACUACGCCGACAAAGUUUACUUGGCCGUUAUCGAUUGGAUUCAACGACUGGGGCACCACUUAAUCCAAUGGGUAGAACAGGAUUAUUGGGUAAAGGAUUGUUACCACGUUGGGGACCAAAUCAUUCAUUGGUGUUAUGUAUUACACGAUGGACUAGAGAUACACGGACUGGGGCACAAGUGAUUCGAAGUAAUCGUGGUGUAUUACAGUAUUUGGCGUUGGAAAGAAAUAAAAGGUUAUGCAUGCCAUGGUAUCUAACAGAUCAUACGAACCGGUGUGACUUCGAUGAAUGUGUACCGAAACUUAUCAGCACUUUGAUAACCAGACGAGCACGUGCUAUGCUUCCUGAAAGAAGAGUUGACAAAUUAUUGAAACGAAUUGAAAAGGCUGAAGUUACACAGAUUUUCAAAGGUUAUCUUGACGACCAGUUGAAUGCUGAUAGUGCAUGGAUGGAGACAGUUGUAAUCAAUCUGCAUGAAUCUGAAAGUAAAGGUGCUCAACUUCCAGACGAUAUACUUAAGUUACUCAAUGAACCUGGUACAGAGGAACAAGUUAAAUGGGUUGAAGUAUCACAUAGCAGUAAUCUACGCACAAGUCAUAAUUAUAUACUGAAAAAUGUUGCAGAACUUCGAAGAGCCUUUUAUUAA